AGUAAAGCAGCAAAAUAAAGCACACUCACGAGUGCUACUUACUCAGAACUCACUCUCUCUCCCCCCUUUCUCUCUCUAGCUAUAUUAUACAUAUACGUACGUAAAUAUCUGUAUCGCUAUAUAAACCUCAUUUACUACUCGACUUUUUCCGAAGUUUUAGCUUUGCGAGAAAUUGUUGGCAAUGAGUCGGGGAAACGAUCCCAAUCCAUUUGACGAGGAAGAGCCUGAAGUCAAUCCAUUUUCGAAUGGUGGCGGGUCGAAGUCACGCAUUCCUAAAGUUGUUGCCAAUACACUGGGCUUUGGUCAGAAACAUGAUGCCACAGUGGAUAUUCCAUUAGAUGCCAUGAACGAUCCCAAGAAAAAGCAGAAAGAGCUUGCAGCUUGGGAAGCAGAUUUGAACAGGAGAGAAAGGGAGAUCAAACGGAGGGAAGAUGCUGUUGUCAGUGCUGGUGUUCCUGUGGAUGAUAGAAAUUGGCCUCCAUUUUUCCCCAUCAUUCAUCAUGAUAUAGCCAACGAAAUACCAGUUCAUGCUCAGAAGCUGCAGUAUUUGGCUUUUGCAAGUUGGUUAGGUAUUGUCCUUUGCCUUGUGUUCAAUGUUAUUGCAAUCACUGUUUGCUGGAUAAGAGGCGGUGGAGUGAAGAUCUUUUUCCUUGCCAUUAUAUAUGCCCUAAUGGGGUGCCCCCUCUCGUAUGUGCUAUGGUACCGGCCUUUGUAUCGUGCAAUGAGGACUGAUAGUGCGCUGAAGUUUGGCUGGUUUUUCUUGUUCUAUAUGCUCCAUAUUGGUUUCUGCAUUGUUGCUGCAAUUGCACCUCCAAUCGUCUUUCAUGGGAAAUCAUUAACGGGCAUCCUUGCUGCCAUUGAUGUGUUCUCUGACCACGUUUUGGUUGGGAUCUUUUACCUGAUUGGAUUUGCAUUCUUUUGCUUAGAAUCACUGCUGAGCUUAUGGGUGCUCCAGAAAGUAUACGCAUUUUUCAGGGGAAACAAGUGAUACUAGAGCACAUCUGGACGUGCCGUGCUUUUCCUUUGGGGUGCUUGAAUAUAUAGAUUUAUUUCUCCUUCAUUUGUGUUUAUCAUUUUUCAGAGGGUUAAUUCAGCUGUUAUACGAAGAUUGUAUUGGACAUAAAAAUACAUUCUUUUAUGACUCAUCGGUUGCUUAGUAACCAGAUUUUUUGCUUCAAUUUUUUUUAUUCAUUUGUAGCAGAAUAUGAAGAGGCCCCUCAUUUUAUAACUGCAACAUGUUUCCUCUUAAAAUAUAUAGUACUGAGAUUUGCUCCUAUUUUUCAUUUAUAAAAUAAACCGCCAUUGUUGCA